AUGGCGCUCGAUGGCUACGAAGGACCCAGCGCGCUGCUGCAGCGCGCUCUGCCGCGCAAUCUGACGCAGCUGGCGAGCGAUCUCUUCGACGAGGCGCACGACGAGCUCGGCAUCGGCUUUCUUGCUUCACUGCGCGAUCCUGUCUGGAUCUUCAGUCCCGAGCACAUCCGCCUGCUGUUCGCCCUGUCGCUCUCAUCUGGCGCAUCUGCCUCGCAGGCACAGCCGCCUCUCUCUACGCAGGCAUUGACGCUGCUACGCGCGAUGGCAGAGACGUACGCUGCAUCGUCUCUGCUCGAGGUGCUGCCUCCCUUCGCGUCCUCAUCACGGCUGCCCGUGGCGCGCGCCACGAGCGGGAGCUCCGACGACGAAGAUGAAGCACGCGGCAGUUGGCUUCUGCGCUGCCAGAACGUGUGGGAGCACGUGAUGAGUACAGCGCCUAGAGCCGAGCGGCGGUCGGCCAAGGCUGCGCCUCGCAAGCGCCGUCGGACAGGAGCGUCGGCGACGGAUGCUGCGGAGCAACGAGAGUCAGAGGGCCUCACUGAGGAGGGAGCUCAGAUCUUGGCGCUGCUCGUGCUGCUGUGGCGGGCAGAGCGGCGGGCCGCCUCGCCUGAUUCUCUGGUGCUGCCGAAGGGCGCAAAGGGAAAGAAGCCAGAGACGCAGCUGCACCUGGCUCGACAGAUGCGAGGGCCGUGGCCAAAGACGGACGUGGGUGAGGCGCUCGACACGCUCAUCGCUGCGCUCAAGCAUGGCAAGGUGGGCGCGGAUCUGUGCGCUGAGCUCUUCGCGCUCGCCUCGAUCGGCCAGCUGGAUCUCGAUGCAUUGGUCGCCGGUCUCGCAUCGCGCAUGCCGAUGCUUACGUUGCCGGAGCUCGAACUGCUGCUCCAGAGUACUCGAUCACCGGACUCUCUGCAUCUGGCUCGCACCCUGCUGCAGUACCUGCACGCGCACUCGGACAUUCCGGCGGCCGGACCAUCGACGUCGCGCUACUUCGCGCCCGCGUCCAACGUGCCGACCAACGGACGCUCCACGCGCGCCGUCUCGGCCUCGCUGCUCGUCGAGCGCAGCGAGAUUCAUGAGCGUGCGCUCUCGGCGCUGCGUGACCUCGUCUCGGCUACGGCGUCGGUAGCACUGCUGCCGCAGGAGGACGUCGCCGCGAGCCUGCUGAGUGCAGAGACGUGCGCGAGAUGGGAAGAAGCUCCGCGGACGCUCAAGAAGAGCGUCGAGAGCGGGGUGCGCGCAUGGGAGGAGCGCAUCGACGCCGCUCAGGCCGACUCGCAGCCGCCGUCCAGUGAGGCGCCGAUUCAGCAAGCGGGCGAACAGUCAGCCGUCGGGCGGCCGGUGCGAAAGAAGACGGCGCCGAUUUUGGAGCCACAGGAGCGCGCCACAGGGCGCAAGACUUCGGCCACAACCCCGGCGCCCAAGACUCCAGCCGCAAAGGCGAAGAGCGCCAAGGCGCCGCAGACCGACGCCGAGCGCCUUACCUCCCUUCUCUGUGGAGGCAUGAUCGCCGCGCGUCUUCGCCGGGCGAGCGUGCGCUACAUGAUCGGCGAGAUUCUCCAGACAGCAGGCGGCGAGGCACACGAGUGCCGCGCUAUGAUGCAGGACGUCGACGAGGAGGUCGCGUGGAUUGAGCUGGCGUGGAAGGCCUGGGCGGAGCAGACAGCAGCCGAUGAGAGCGCGGGCAUAAGGGAGGAGGAUCGGGUGGAGAUGGAUGCGCUGCGGCACACGCUCACGCCGCAAGUCGAGGCCCUGCGCGGCAGACGGGACGUGCUGCAGCUGCGCCUCAUGCUCCUCUAG